CGGCUACAGUUUUAUUCUAUUCGUUAUUCUGAUCAGACGUUAUAAAGUGAAUUUAAGUUAAAAUGUUAGAAUUAAUAAUUAUUGCGCUGUCGGUACUGGCAAUUUACUACUAUUGGAGUUCUAAUUACUGGGCAAGAAGGGGAGUUAAGGCACCGGUUCCACUGCCUUUCGUGGGGAACAUGUUGGAUUAUGUCCUGGCGCGGAAACACUAUGGACAAGUUUACCAGGAUAUUUACAAUAAAUUUCCCAAAGCUGCGUAUGUUGGAAUUUAUCGACUAUUCAACGAACCCGCGAUUUUAGUUCGUGAUGUAGAAAUAUUAAAGGAUGUGUUCAUCAAGGAUUUUCAGUCGUUCAGGGAUAAUUAUUUCCUAAUUGACAAGAAAAUGGAUCCAUUAAUUCAUAUAAACCCGUUUAUGGCGCAAGGAGAUGAAUGGAAAACUGUAAGGUCACAAAUGGGACCUUUAUUCACGCCAAGUAAGGUCAAAACUGCGUUUCCUAUAAUUUACGAUACUUGUCUUAAGCUAGAAAAAUACAUUGAGAGGGAGAGGAAAGCCUCGAUGGAAGCUAAAAGUUUAUGCGCCAAAUUCACUAUUGAAAUAAUGGCAUCCGCAAGUUUUGGCCUGGAAGCUGAGACGUUCACAAAUCCUAACUCAUAUUUCACGAAAAAUUGUGAGCAAGUCUUUACUUCAUAUACGUGGAGUUACAUCCAGAACAUAGGAUCAAAUUUCUGUUUAUCCAUAUCGAGACUUCUGAAUGUUCCAUACAUACCUAAGCAAAUGCAAGAAUGGUUACUAUCCGUCGCGAAAGAUGUUAUUGAAAAUCGAAAAUUAGAAAACCAACCCAGAAAUGACUUCUUGGAAAUAAUCCUUAACUCGAAAGAUAGUUCUGGCCAACCCAUUAGUAUGGAGACAGUUUAUGGACACUGCAUAACAUUACUUUUAGAAGGUUUUGAAACAUCCAGUACAACAAUGGCAAAUUGCUUAUUCGAGCUAUCCCAGAAUCAUGAUGUUCAGGAUACACUUCAAGCCGAAGUUGAUGCCAUUUAUGACAAAUAUGAAGGGAAACUCACUUACGAUGCAAUCGCUGAGAUGACUUACUUGGAUAAAGUUAUGCAUGAAACACUUCGAAUUCAUCCGGCCAUGUUAGCAACUAUUAAGAGAUGUACCGAAACCACAAAAUUCCCCCCUCAAUAUCCUGGUUCAAAGCCAAUUACAGUUCCUGAAGGAUCAGUAAUUGUCAUUCCAGUUCUAGGAGUUCACAAUGAUCCCGAGAUCUACCCUGAACCUAACGUUUUCAAUCCAGAGAAUUUCAGUGAAGAAGCCCAAGCUGCACGAAACAAAUGUUCAUUUUUAUCCUUCGGCGAAGGCCCAAGAAUAUGUGUAGGUAUGCGAUUUGGGUUGACUCAAAGUAAAGCAGGAAUUGCAGCUAUUCUAAGAAAGUACAAUGUUCGGCUAUCCCCGAAAACGAGAAUGCCACUUCAAGUAUCGGCAGAUACAUUUUUAAGUAAUGCUAAGGGUGGAAUUUGGAUUGACUUUCUGCCAAGAGAUAAAUAAACAAAAAUGUAUCCUAAAUGUAA